AUGGAUCCCCAGCCUCAAUCUCAGGGAUUGACCCGUCUCUCCCCUGAUCUGAACUCGGGUCCCAAGCUCAAUUCUUACCUGCAGCAGCCGCAGAGUCCCCUUCCUGGCCGCUUCAACGAGGAGUGGGACGCCAGCCAGCGUGGAGGUUCCGUCGUCGACGGCCGCCGUGGCCAAAGCCCUCCAGCAAUGUCUGCCACUGCCGAGGCCGGACCAUCGGCCGUGCAACGCUCCAACUCGGUCAACAGCUAUGCGGCUGGCGAUGAUCGCGCCCUGCCUCAGAGGGGCAACACGCUGAAGAAGAAGGCCUCGCUGCGGCGAAGCGGCACGGGCAGCAUUGUGCGAUCCAGUAGCCGCCGCAGCGCACGAGCUGGCAGUGUCAAGAGCCUUGUCCUCCAGACUGCGACGGAUCCCGACGAGUUGCACAGCGCCUUCUUCUGUCCCGUUCCCACAAACGGCAAUCCUACCGAUGUGCUCGCCGCUAGAUUCCAGAACUGGAGGAAAAUCCUGAAAGACCUCAUUGCGUAUUAUCGUGAGGUACAGUCUCACUAUGAGCAAAGGUCCAAGUCGCUCGCCAAGCUAUCAAGCGUCGCCAACAACAUGUCGAACCCAACCUCGUUCCUCCAAACCGCCGGCAUUGAUGAUGCUCUUCAAAUUAUACGCAACUAUAAUAAGCUAGCCCUUCAAGAGGCCAACAAAGCCAAGGAAAUCGAGGAGGAUGUCAUCUUGGCGCUUACUGGCCUGAGGAGCGAUCUGCAGCAAAAGAUCAAGGAAAUCAAACACCUGGCCGGUGACUUCAAGAACUCUGUUGAUAAGGAAAUGGACUCCACCGGCAAGGCUGUCAAGAUCCUCUCAGAAGCGCUGGGAAAGAAUGAGAUGGACACCGCCGCCACGACGGGCAAGCAGGAUCCAUACCUCCUCAAGAUUGCGGUCGAUCGCCAGAUUGAGCGCCAGCUUGACGAAGAAAACUACUUGCAUCAAGCCUAUCUCAACCUUGAGGGCUCAGGCCGCGAGCUCGAAUCUAUCAUCGUAGGCGAGAUUCAAAAGGCUUACAAUGCCUACGCUGGUAUCCUCAAGCGCGAGGCAGACAAUGCUCACAGCGUGGUCGGAGAACUCCGUGAUGGACCAAUUGCUAUGCCCAAGGAUCAAGAGUGGGAGCAUUUUGUGUCUAACGAUAGCCGAGUGGUCAAUCCCAGCAUGCCGCUGCGCUCGGUCGAACAGAUUCAUUACCCAGGGCAAGACCAUCUCUCGGCGCAAGAAAUCCGCGCCGGACUACUGGAGCGCAAGAGCAAGUAUGUACUUUCGACAACGCAUCUUCACGAAUUCAAGUCGGCAGACAAAGCUCAGGCGCCCAUAAUGUCUCUCUAUCUUCCGGAACAAAAACUAGGAUCCCGCUCUAGCGAAGGAGGUCCAUCCAACAAGUUUCUUCUCAAGGGACGGCAGACUGGCGCCAUGCACCGAGGCCACACCUGGGUGUUCCGGGCCGAGAGCCAUGAUACUAUGAUGGCUUGGUACGAGGACAUCAGGGCCCUGACGGAAACGUCUCCGGAGGAGCGAACAGCAUUUGUACGAUCUCACUCACGGCGAAGCACGAGCCGAUCAUCGCACCGCUCAGCUAGCAGCGACGGACUUGAUGAGGAAGAGGACGAGGAGCCAUUUACAGCGACCGAGCAAGAUGUCACGCCAGGACCUCUUGCCACGCGGCGACCCCAACCAGGUGGGCGGUUCCCAUCCGAUAUCCAAGUCAACGCACAACGAGGCUUACAGGUGCCUCAGUCCCCGUCUAGUGUAGGAUCCAGCCAGGAGCCACAUGCCCCGGUGAUUGCUGCAGCAACCGCGAUUCCAGGAUCAGCCACAGAGGCCUAUUCUCCGGAGAAGUACACACGGCACGACGAAGGCCAUCCGGAAUACGGACAGAGAGGCGAGACCCCGAUAACAGACGUCCAUGCACAGGCAGUCAUAGCCGACCAUGAGGCACAGGUCGACGGCGUCAACCCUUACACAAGCGAGCCACAACAGAAUGCAGCCGCUAUCAAUGGUACAGCUGCAGGAGCUGACACGAACGAUAUCAACGGCGGACACUACACAAAUGUCGGGGGCACAGCACCUCUCUCUCCGGAUGCGAUUCCUAGAUCUGAAGUUCAGCCUGAUGCCUCAGGACUGCAGGUUCUUCCUGGUCAGGGAGAUGCUGCAAUGCUAGUGGGUGAUAAUAACGCGGUUCGGGCAAUCAACGAUGAGAGAGCGGCUAGUACGGUGACAGUGUCAGACUUACCGAUGCCGGGCAGCUUUCCUUAGGGCCCGUCAUUUGAUUUAUUGAUGGAUAUGUUAUUUCUUUUCAUUUUUUUUCUUGCUAUUUUGGUUUUCAUUUGUCCAAGAAAUGUGUGUACGUCACUAUCUGGAUACCAUCUCUUGAUUACCUACUGUCUUAGGUAUCUGCGUCCUGUACAAUGGAUUUUUGCUAUUGGAUUGUGGAGGGGGAAAAGGGGCCGGAAAAGAGCAACAGUGUAUUGAGUGAGUUGAAGGCGUUUUUUCCGUUGCUUUGUUGUCGAUGCAAGUGUUUUCUGGACCGCAUCACUCGUUAGGUAUAUCCAUAGCUUGCCCUGCGUGGUACAGCUAGCAGUUUUUUGCUGUUUGAUGAAAUUCAAUGUUUUGUUUUUGC